AUGGUCAAUGAAGAUCAUUACCUCAAGUUAGGGAGGUACAUAGAAGCAAUCAAGCAAACAAGCCCAUAUACAGUCUUAGAUUUGGUGGUUGACACAAGUAAGAAGUCAAAUCCACCUACAUUUCAGAGACUUUUCACUUGCUAUGAGGGUUUGGCCAUGGGGUGGAAGGAAGGGUGCAGAAGGAUCAUUUGCAUUGAUGCUGCACUUUUGAAUAUCCAUUCCUUGGUGGUCAUAUCUUGUCUCAUAGGGAGGAUGCCAAUGAGCAGAUGUUCCCAAUUGCUUGAUGCAGUUGAGGGAGAAAAUAAUUCAUCUUGGGUUUGGUUCAUCAUUCACCUCCAGAGUUGCCUUGACUUGGGAGAUGGUACUGGAUCGGCCAUUGUUAGUGAUGAGCAUCUUGCUAUACUACAUGCUGUUGCCACUGUGUUGCCAAUGGUAGAGCACAUGCAUUGUGCUCGCCAAGUCUUUGCACACUGGCAUAAGCAUUUUAGGGGAGAUGACAUGAAGUUAAAAUUCUGGAGCAUAGCUAAAUCUUAUAGCAUGGCUGACUACAAUGACUCUUUGGAUGAAUUAAAGAAAGAAAAUUUUGAUGCUGCAGCUACUUUUAGGGCAUAUAACCCAGCUUGCUUCUGUAGGGCUUUCAUGAGUGAUGAGAUUAGAUCUGAUGCAAUAACUAAUAACAUGGCAGAAACAUUUAAUGGUUAUAUAGUUAAUGCUAGGACCAAACACUUAAUCUACAUGUUGGAGGAUAUUAGGGUUGCCCUAAUGCAAAGGCUAGUGACCAAAGACAAAAAAUGGAGAAGUUUGAUAGUAAACCUUGAGGCUAGAAGAUGUACCUGCAAGAAAUGGGACAAAGUAGGUGUACCUUGUUGCCAUGCUGUGGCCUGUAUUGAGUUCCUUAACAAAGAAGUAGAAUUUUAUGUUGAUGAGUGUUACAGAAAAGAGGUUUACCUGAGAACCUAUGCUGCUGCCAUACCACCUAUUGAGGGUGAAAUACAUUAG